CUGGCGUUUUAGCCACACACUCUGCGGCUCUCGGCACGGAGCGUUACGGUGAAUUUACUUGCUGAGUUAGCGAAACUUAAAAGGCUCUACAGUGCAUUCAGGACUUUCAGGGUACGAGGAUCAAAUCAGAUAAGGUCAGAGGGGCUUCUCUUCCCAUUGUGGGGCUUGGAGCUUCUAGAGAACGCGACCAUGGCUGAGUUGUCGGAGAAUGUCUCUCUUCCUCUUAGCCAGGAGUCUUUUGAGGAUCUUUGGAACAUGAAUUUGAACCUGAUGGGAGGUCAACCACCAACUAUAAGUGAGCCUUGGUCAGGAUACAACGAUUUCAUUAUGGACACCCCUCUCCAGGGAGAAUUUGAUGCCAGCCAGUAUUGCGUGCCUGCCCCCCAGCCCUCCAUCUCCACCCGGGACACUUGCUCCUCACCUACCUCCAGUGUACCAACCACCUCAGACUACCCUGGGACCCAUGGCUUCCAGCUACGCUUCCUUCAGUCCAGCACAGCCAAGUCUGUCACAUGCACGUACUCUUCAUGUCUGAACAAGUUGUUCUGCCAGUUGGCUAAGACUUGCCCCAUCCAGAUGGUGGUGGACCACCCGCCUCCCCCGGGGGCAGUGGUACGAGCCCUGGCCAUCUAUAAGAAGCUGAGUGACGUGGCCGACGUAGUUAGACGCUGCCCUCACCACCAGAGCACUAGCGAAAACAAUGAAGGUCCUGCUCCACGAGGUCACCUGAUCAGGGUUGAGGGCAACCAGCGGGCAGAGUACAUUGAGGACCGAAGCACUCAGAGACAAAGCGUAGUGGUCCCUUAUGAGCCGCCUCAGGUGGGAUCUGAGUGUACCACCGUGCUCUACAACUUUAUGUGUAACAGUUCCUGUAUGGGAGGGAUGAACCGCAGACCCAUACUCACCAUCAUCACCCUGGAGACGUUAGACGGUCAGCUCCUGGGCCGGUGUUCCUUUGAGGUGCGUGUGUGUGCCUGUCCAGGUCGAGAUAGGAAGACUGAGGAGAUCAACCUGAAGAAGCAGCAGGAGGUGGCUCUGGAGACCAAGAGCAAGCCUGCCCAGGGAACCAAACGACCUGUGAAGGAGGCCUCCCUGCUGGUCCCUCGCCCUGAGGUCAGUAAGAAGACCAAGGUGUCCUCCCCUGUAGUGAGUGAUGAUGAGAUCUACACUCUUCAGAUUAGAGGAAAGGAGAGGUAUGAAAUGCUGAAAAAGAUUAACGAUGGCUUGGAACUCAGUGACCUAGUGCCAACUGCAGAUGCUGACAAAUACCGUCAGAAACAGGAUCCUCUCACCAAGCGCGUUGCCAAGCAGGACUUCAGAGUGGGACCGAAGAAAGGGAAGAAAUUACUGGUGAAGGAAGAAAGGAGUGAUUCUGACUGAGGGGGAGAGGGCAUUAUUCCCUAACUGCAUUACCCACGCUCUUUCAAGAUAACCUUACCCUGUCAGUGGAUGAUAAACUGUUGUGUCUUGCAGCUUACUGUCCUUGCCUUAGAAUGCUGUUUUAGUUCCGUGGAGCUUGGGUUUUUCCUCCUGUCAUAAUAUGUAUAGAAAUGUGACAUUUUGAAUAAACUGUCUUUAUAAACUUU